AUGGACAAACAACAAGACCGCGGUUCUACCGAUCGUCAAAUAAGGUAUAGCGGAGUCCACCCCACCCAGCAGCAGCCCAACCACCAUGAAUUGGAACGCCUCAACCUCGACGACCGCAGAACCCCAGCGCCUUCCACCCCACCAAGCACCGCAAGCUCACAUGGCAAUGCCUCUGAUGAAAACCAGCCCGACGGUGGCUUUCACCUCCUAGUUGGAAACAAUGAACAACAUCUGCGAGCACACGGCUACUUCGGAGACCACGACGCGCGGAUUAUACUGAGAUUCAAUUCCAGCCAUAUUCCUGGAAAGCCAGGCAGCAGACACAUAGUACUCAUCACCACGUUCUUUGAGGACAAAGUUGGACGACAGUAUAGCGAUGACAAUGAUUAUGUCCAUCUACCAAGCGCAAUCUUUGAACCAAAUGCCAAGUGUUGGAUGAUCAUAGACUUAUCGGUUAAGCAACGACAAACUUUAGACAAUGUGCCUUUAUUUUGCUACCGAGUGCGGACAAGCAAUGACGGAGCCUCUGUCCAGUUUUUCCAUGUUAAUUUUACCGAUGCCCGGCAUUACUCAAACAUUUUUCCCUGGGGACGUUUCCUUGGUUCUGAUACAUCUGAUGACUCCGGAGAGGAUGAGGAGGAGAGCGAAUCAGCUGCUCCUCAGUCAACUGAUCCAGAUCAACCUGUUGGAAUGCGUAAGAUGGAGCCUUCAACCGACUCAGGCAGUCGACCACGAUGA